UUUUACGGCAGUAGUUCCUGCAGCAGCGGCAAAGGAAGUCGAGUGGUAUCGUAAAGAUGGCUGACAGUGGAGGCACAGAUGAACAUGACAAGAAAGAUGAUGUUGAACGUUCAAAGAGCGAAGGGAAAGAGCUGACCAAAGAGGAGAAGCAGCGACUGAGGAAAGAGAAGAAACAACAGAAGAAACACAAGGAGAAGAAAGAUGACAAGGCUUCACAAGAAAGUGGGAAAGAAAAUAAGUCGGCCUCUUCAGCUGCUGCAGCACCCCAGCUUCCAACACAAACAGUGAAAGCUCCCUCAGCAGUGCCUGCUCCUGCACCCGUUUUUGUGCCUGCCUCCUCUGAGGCCCCCGCCUCAGCAGACAAGCCUACCAAGACUAAGGCUGAGCUGAAAGCUGAAAGGAGAGCUCGGCAAGAGGCUGAGAGGGCCAGCAAACAGGGGAAGAAGGGAGAUCCUGGGCAGCAGGCUGCCUCUGGCAAACUGAAAGCACCGCCCAGUGAGCUGCAGCCAGUGGUGAAGAGACUCCCUGAACACAUUCAAGUGGACAACCCAGAGGUUUUAAAGAAGCUGGCCAAGAAAUUGGAAAGACAACAGACACCAGUUCACGGUGCUACCAUAAAGAUCCCGCUACGCUCAGACUACGGCUACAAAGUCAGCCUGUUUUCUCACCUCCAUCAGUACAGUCGCAAAGCCCCUCUAACACAACAGCUCAGCAUCCCUUCAACAGUAAUCCAUCCUGCUGUCGUUCGACUGGGCCUUCAAUAUUCACAGGGCAUCGUGGCGGGGUCGAACGCACGCUCAGUUGCUCUGCUGCACGCAUUCAAGCAGGUUAUACGGGAUUAUACCACACCGCCAAAUGAGGAGCUAUCUAGAGACUUAGUGAAUAAGCUAAAACCCUAUAUCAGUUUUUUGAAUCAGUGUCGUCCUCUAUCGGCCAGCAUGGGCAACGCCAUUAAAUUUGUCAAAAAGGAAAUCUCCAACAUUCCCACUCAGUGCAAGGAAGAGGAGGCCAAGAGUAAAAUUCUGAACUGUAUUGAAUGGUAUAUAAACGACAAGAUAAUUCUGGCGGCUAAAGCGAUCGCUGCAUCUGCCAUUGAGAAGAUCAGCGAUGAGGAUGUUAUUCUAGUUUAUGGAUGCUCGUCUCUGGUCAACCACAUCCUGUUUGAGGCCUUUGAGAAAAGGAGGAAGUUCCGCGUCAUAGUUGUGGACAGCAGGCCUCGGCUGGAGGGCAGGGAGGCUCUGAGGCGCCUGGUCCAGAGAGGCAUCAGCUGCACCUACGUCCUCAUCUCAGCUGUCUCCUACAUCCUUCCAGAGGUGUCGAAGGUGUUCCUUGGCGCUCACGCACUCUUGGCCAACGGCUACGUCAUGUCUCGAGUGGGGACUUCUCAGAUCGCGUUGGUGGCCAAAGCCUUUAAUGUGCCUGUGCUGGUUUGUUGCGAGACCUACAAGUUCUGUGAGCGGGUGCAGACGGACUCCUUCGUGUCCAACGAACUCGAUGACCCCGAUGACCUCAUCGUGACCCGCAAAGGUAAAACCCAUUUGGAGAACUGGCAGGAAGUGCCCUCUCUUGGUCUGCUGAACCUGGUGUACGAUGUGACGCCGCCCGAUUUUGUGGAUCUGGUCAUCACUGAACUGGGGAUGAUCCCAUGCACCUCGGUCCCGGUGGUGUUGAGAGUUAAAAACGUGGACCAGUGAACAGCCUUCAUUCAGUUUGUGUGCAUGAGUUUCUGCACACAACACGUAAUAUUGUGCUUUUAGCAUGCAAUAAAUAUAUUUCAGACAUGGCAUAACCUUU